AUGAAAGCUGUUGAAGGAAGAAAAAACACAUUUAAAACGGGUUCAACUGAGAAGCCAGCAAUGCAACAAGUCGCCAUGAACGCAGGAACACAGCUGGAACACAUCUGCAGUCUAGAUAUCGACUCUAAGGCAUCCUACAUACGUCUAUCUGGCAUUAUCUGUACUAUCGGGCCGGCUUCCCGAGAUGUCUCAAUGCUCGAACGUAUGAUGGAAACCGGCAUGAACGUGGCUCGUAUGAACUUCUCUCACGGUUCACAUGAGUACCAUGCUGAGACAAUCCGCAACUGCCGCGAGGCUGAGAAGAAAUACAGCGCCAAGCUUGGAAGUCCCUUCUCACUCGCCAUUGCUCUUGACACUAAGGGACCUGAGAUCAGAACUGGACUGCUUGAAGGUGGUGGCUCAGCCGAAGUGGAACUGAAGAAAGGUGAAACCAUCAAACUCACCACAGACCCGUCCUUCCAAGAACGCGGUAACGCUCAAGUUAUAUACGUCGACUACAAAAACAUUACAAAUGUAGUGAAGCCUGGAAACAGGAUCUUUAUCGACGAUGGUCUUAUCUCAAUUAUCUGCCAGUCAGCGUCAACCGAUACACUUGUCUGUUCUAUCGAAAAUGGAGGUACGCUUGGUUCAAGAAAAGGUGUGAAUCUCCCAGGUCUUCCAGUAGAUCUGCCCGCUGUUUCCGAAAAAGACAAGUCAGACUUGUUAUUUGGAGUUGAACAAGGUGUGGAUAUGAUCUUCGCAUCUUUUAUCCGCAACGGUGCUGCACUGGACGAGAUUCGUGGUAUCCUUGGCGCGAAGGGUAAAAACAUCAAAAUCAUCUCUAAGAUAGAAAACCACCAAGGUAUGGUGAACCUCGACGAGAUUAUUGCCGCCUCAGACGGUAUCAUGGUCGCUCGUGGUGACCUAGGUAUUGAAAUCCCACCAGAGAAGGUGUUCUUAGCGCAGAAAACCAUGAUUGCUCGCUGCAACAGGGUAGGCAAGCCAGUAAUUUGCGCCACUCAAAUGUUAGAAUCAAUGGUAAAGAAGCCCCGCGCCACUCGCGCCGAGAUCUCAGACGUGGCCAACGCCAUCCUCGACGGGGCUGACUGCGUCAUGCUGUCGGGGGAGACGGCCAAGGGAGACUACCCUCUCGAGUGUGUGCUCACCAUGGCUAACAUCUGCAAGGAAGCUGAGGCCGCCAUCUGGCAGAAACAACUCUUCAAUGAACUCGCUUCUGAGGUGGCACCGCCCAUCGAACCCGCGCACUCGGCCGCCAUCGCGGCAGUAGAGGCGUCCGCUAAGUGUCUCGCGGCCGCCAUCGUGGUGAUCACGACGAGCGGCAAGUCGGCGCACCUGCUCAGCAAGUACCGCCCGCGCUGCCCCAUCAUCGCCGUCACGCGCCACGCGCAGACCGCGCGCCAGGCGCAUCUCUACCGCGGCGUACUGCCCAUCGUCUACCAAGAAGGCGUAGCGAGCGACUGGCUAAAGGACGUAGACAAUCGCGUACAAAGCGGACUCAAGUUCGGUCGUAUGCGUGGUUUCAUCAACACCGGGGAUCACGUAGUCGUCGUUACCGGAUGGAAGCAAGGCUCUGGAUUUACCAAUACCGUGCGCAUCAUCCAAGUGGAGUAA